AUGCCCACGGCGCGGUGCUGGCAGAUAUGGGCCUCGGGCCUUCACUGCUGCCCACGUUGCGCAUGGCAUGAUGACGUGAUGACGUCGUUGAAGCUUGUCAUCUGCAGUAUCGAAGCACUCAUCAACUCCACGCAGCAGAAUCAUGCUCAUCAAGGAGUACCGUAUACUCCUACCGAUGACCGUGGAGGAAUACCGCAUUGCACAGUUAUACAUGAUUCAGGCAAGUGGAGCUUUCGUCGUUUAUAUCGAGAUUGGAUUGGCAUUAGCCAAUUAGGCACGCAUCUGCGCACGAUAUAG